AUGUGGUGGAGCCGAGGCGCGGCACGGUGUCACGGCUCGCUCUCUCUCCUGUUGUUGUGCGUCCGUUCCGCAUCGGACACAAUCCCCGCCGAGUCCACAUAUGACGACGGAAUUUCUCAACGCUGUUCGUCGUCACAUCGCCACAACACGAUGACGUAUUGGUGUUGGUGGCAUUUUGUGGUUCUUGCCAACCUUGUCGUGACAUCGGUCGCCGCCGACAUCUGCCUGUCACGACAUUUUCAUGAUGUACGAGGCAAUGAGGUCGAUGACUACAUCAUUUACGGGUUAACUCAGGACUGCCAAAUUUUCUUCAUUCGACCUUCACAAAUCCCAUUAUUGUCAACGAUCAACGUUAAUGUGCAUAAUUCAUACUGUUAUCCAAAUUUGGUCCAGCUACAUUUAAAGUCACACAAAUCGCUUCUACUUGUGACGAAGCAGGCUGGAAAUCGGAUAUGCACACUGGAUGUACAGAUUCCGCCAACGGAAAUGCUCUUCGGUGAUCAUUUGUUCAGUUAUUCUCUUCUAUCAUCGUUACCGUAUGCUUCAUGUUCACAUUCAUCACCGCAGAUGUUUCGACUAGAGCCUGAUCUAUCGUUUCUAGAUACUGUAUUUAGUGAUGUCAUAUACUUUAUCGAUGCACAAUCGACUGGUGCACUAUGGAGUGUACAUCAGUUUCAAAUCACCACCGACGGCUUCCUGAAACAUUUGGAGAAGAUCACCGUGAAUAAUCACGCUAAACCUUUAGAAGUAUGGACCGGUCCGGAUUUGGCGAACGAAUAUGUGGUGGCGUUGGACCAUCAGAGGAACUAUUUGUACGUACGGAAUCGGUACGAAAGAAGUUUGCUAUUCGAAUGCGCUUAUGAUCUUCUCUUCAGACCAAAUACAUUAGUGACCCAUUAUCUUAACACUUCGCUGAAAGAAGGACGAUCAUGGUUGAACAGUAUGGGAGCUGACGGGAAUACGUUAGUGUAUACGGAGACGGAUAGAUCGGUAAAUCCGUCAAUAACUCGACUUUUCGCCGUUAACACCGCAGAUGUGAAGCCUGGAAGUUGCCUCGUUUAUACUGGCUACGCUUACGAUGUUGGUAUAAUGCAACAAGCCACGCUGAAGAACAUGGAAGCAAAACCGUUGCCUCUUUUCGAAAAAUCGAAGCGAACGAACUUGACGCUCACCACAACGUCGGCGUCCUUCUUCGUCACUAAAGGUUUCCGGAUAACCACACGCGUACCAAAACCGAGCACACGUCGCUUGGCAACAACUUCCUCUUCUACCACCACCACUACUGCUCCUAAGAUAACGACCAUUUAUUCGACAUCCACCGAAAAAAUCGUCACAUCCUCAGAAUUUCGAAACGAUAAGCAGGAAACUGUCGUUGAAGAGGAGGAGGAGGAGGAGGAGGAAUUGGAGGCGGAGGAGAAUAUUCCUCCAAUAAUUGAAUCAACAACAGCAUAUGUGUUAGACUCGACCAUAUCGUCGGAGGAACGAGAGGAGGAGGAGAAGGAGGAGGAACGUGGAAAUCGCAUUGAACCAUUAGAAAAAUCAAAAAUUCUUGAACGCGAUCAUGAAGGUAUAGGACUUAUGACAACGUUACAUUCGGAAGAGGAACCGGAACAGGAUUCACCGACGAAUAUAUCGUCGGCAGGUGAUCUAAAGAAUAAAAAUCCACUUUCAAAGGCGGUGUACAAAUUGAACGCAUUCUCUUUAUUGUAUUGUUUGUUUUUGUUUAUAUUGGAAUAA